UUUUUAAAAUUGGAGUAUGCGGAGUAUUCACGGCGUAGAAUUUCUAAAUAAAACAAAAAUCCAAAUUAAACUCUAAUCGAAAACUAAGGUUUGAGAAGCUGCAUUCACUCAAAAUUUUCUUGAUAUUAUUUGUCGGAGUGCUUCAUUCACACAAACCAGAACCAGUAACAGUACCAGAGCCACAGCACAAGCCUAAAUGGUCACCAUGGAGAAUAGUGAGGAAAUUCUACAGAUAUUGGAGCGGUUUACGCGUCUAAAGCAGAAGGAGAUACCAAAAGAGCUGGAGGACUAUUUGCAGUAUGUAGCCAAAACCGGCGACACCAUAUUCAAGUGGUCCAGCCUCAAGUAUCUGUUCCGUGAGAAACUGCUGCAUGUGAUCAAGCACUUCAAUGAGGACUCACCCCGUUUGGAGGAAAUACCCAACUAUCCCAAUGUAGAUCCUUUCAAUUACGAGACUAUGAAAUCCUCGUUGCUGGAGCGCCUAGAUUUGUUCAAUGCGGCGCCCUUUACGGUGCAGCGUUUGUGCGAGCUCCUGAUUGAUCCUCGCAAGCAGUACUCCCGUAUUGACAAGUUCAUGCGCGCCCUGGAGAAGAACAUUCUGGUGGUCAGCACCAUUGAGCCGGGUCGCAAGCGCACGGAAAGCGAGAACGGCGACUCCCUGGACUCGGUGGUGAACGGCGAUCUGUCUCUGGAGGUGAACAUUGACAUUGAAAUGGAGAACGAGGGUCUGUUCAACAAUAUGGACGAGCGCAAUGGAAAUGCUGAGGAGAGCAGCAGCGGCACCCUUAAGGCCAGCUGCCCUCGUUCCGACGACACUGUGCAGCCCAAGGCGAAGAAGGUCAAGUUAGAUUACGAUGAGGAGGAGCGACCCGAAGCGGCGUCCAGCAGUAACAACACCGAUGACGUUGAAAGCGAAGCAACUGGAAGUCUACCGGUGGAGACAGCUCUAAAAACUAAACCCGAUGUGGAGAGCAUUGAUGCCGAAGUGGAUGCUACGGAUGGGACUGGUGUCGUGCGCGAGAAAAAAGCUCGUGUGGAUGCACAACAGCAAACGGCGGAGGCUGUGGCUGAGGCCGAGGAGGCUGAGAACGAGGAUGAAUCCAAGAAGAUUUCCAGUGCCGACAAGCAGGCAAAAGACGCAAAGGAAGUAAAGGUAGCUCCGGUAGAAGAGGAGCUGCCCGAAAGCAAGCCCGUUGCAGCUAAAGUCGAUGCCGCCACCAAGGAUGAUGAGAGCGAUGAGCAAGAUGGAACUGCAGAGCGCGCCAAAGAAGAAACGCCUGCUGAAAAGGUUAAGACACCGACCGCAGACUCCGAGGCCAAGGCAAGUGAUAGCGAAGCUGUUGCUAAGUCGGAGAAAGCCAUUAAGGAAAAAGAGACCGAAACUGUCGAGAAGAAGGAGCCCAAGAUUAGCGAGAAAACUGAUACACCGGCUGAGCCGGCUAAACCCGAGAAGGAGGCAGACACAGAAGAGCCGAAGCCAAGCAGCCAGGCAAAGAAGCCAGAGGAAAUUGCACAAAGUCCAGAAAAGGAAGCAGAGGAGGAAAAGACGGCAGAUAAAGAGGCUGCCGAGGAGGCACCAGCCAAGGCAACUACUCAGACUGAGCCCGAGUCCAAGUCAGAUGCUGGAACUGCCAAUGCCACUGGCGACGGCGCUGGUGAUACUAAUACCGAAAAGACUGAGACUGAGUCGACAGCCAAGUCGAAGGCAACAGCAGUACCGGCUGAAGAUGAAGAUGUGAAGAAGAAGGACGAAAAAAAGUCGACUGAUCCGGAGGUCGCUGUUGCCGAUAAGGAAGCGCCGUCUCUCCCGGUGCCCAUUGAAACUGACGAACCAGCUGCUGAGGCCGUAGCUGCGGCUCAGCCAGCAGCUUCAACUGCUUCGACCGCCACACCCCCAACAACAGUGGCACCGCCCGCUUUGACAUUAAACGAUCAGCCUAUGGAGGACACACCGGCCGAGGAGGAGGAGGAGCAGUCACAGAUAUCGCCCUCCGCUGCCGUAGAGGAGGUGGUCAUGGCCGAGACUGGGGCAGCCACUGGCGGCGAAAUGGCAACCGAUGAUGCACCCAAGGACGAGCCAGCCGCAAUGGAAGUGGAUGAUACCAGCCAGGAGGUGAUGGACCAGUAAGGGAUGCUGCGGCAGCAACCUCAGCAACCACGGCAUAUUCCAAGCGAUCAUCGUCCGACUUUUAUAACUAAACCCAAUUCACAUAAUUAGCAAUAUAAGACAUACCCUCACACACUUCACACACACACUCCACUACACACUCUCCACACACUCUACACUCACGUCCCGUGGCUCGCCCGAAACUCGUGGGACGCAAAAAACACGAACGCAUACAUUCAUGAAAUUCACAUAUUACUCCUAGGGUCAUAGCUCAUACAUAUGUAUUCGUAUUUGUAAUUGUAAGCGCGUGCAAAAGUCGGCAGCAGCCUUACCUCCAGUCCUCCAGCGCUCCUGUAAGGAUUGGCAUUGAGUGGAGGUGGCAUCGGUAGCGCCCUAACUUAUGUAGUUGUAAAAUGGAAAACAAAUCUUUCAUUAUCCAUUCACCAUUACCAUUAGCUCUACCUUCAAGAUUUGUUUGUAUCAAUCAUAAAUACUUUGUUGCCUAUUCCCCUUCCUUUUUUUUUCAACUACCUUACCUAGUCCUUAAAUUGUAUCCUAGACUUGUAUCUAUCUAUAUGUUUAUUAAUUCUCUGUACGUUUAUUUAAAUUAAGCUAUGCUAUAAACUUUUAGAACACGAACUACACCUAUAAGCCGCGAACCUAAUUUCUCUAUAAGCUCUAGUGAUUGUACACUCGACGGUAAUGCAAGUAACAUUUAUGGCCAACUACGAAUAGCAGACGUUUCAAACAAAAUACAAUAAAAAUAUAAAUAAACAAUAAAA